UUUAUUCCUGCCGCUGGCCGCCUUCCCGCGUUUCAGCAACACGGAACAAAUGUGAACAUUUCAAACAAAAACACCGGUUUAUUACUCGCGCGCUCUCGCUCGUCCCGGUCUGCGAGGAACCAUGGCGGUAAACUUCGGCAAAAUAGUCGUGGGGAUAUACGUGGAGAUAAAACGGAGUGACGGGCGAAUACAUCAGGCCAUGGUAACAUCUUUAAACGAAGAUAACGAAAGUGUUACUGUGGAGUGGAUAGAAAACGGAGACACAAAAGGAAAAGAGAUUGAUCUCGAGUGUAUAUUUUCACUAAACCCAGAUGUUGCUCCAGAGGAGGAGAUUUCUCUGAGCCCUGUAACACCACCUCCUCCCACACCUACUUCUCUGAAGGUCAACAAGCUCCCCAAGAAUCGAAGGACUAUUGCUCCAGGAAGGGCUGAGAUCCCGUCCAGAGACAAUAGAGUCGUCUCAACUCGGGCGCGUCCUGGCCAGCAGCAGCCGGAGUCGGCCCUCCCUCCACCUGCUCCGCAACCAGCCCAACCUACACAGUCCCAAACGCAGCAGAGCCAACAACAGCAGCAGAAUGCGAGGAGGAAGUCCAACUGUGUGAAGGAGGUAGAGAAACUACAGGAAAAGAGAGAGAGGCGGCGACUGCAGCAGCAAGAGCUAAGGGAGAAGAGAGCACAGGAAGUGGACACGACAGUCCCCAACUAUGAAAUAAUGCAGAUGAUCAGAGACUUUAGGGCUAGCCUGGAUUACAGACCACUAACCACAGCCGAUUUGAUUGAAGAGCACCGAAUAUGUGUUUGUGUGAGGAAGCGCCCUCUUAACAAAAAAGAACUCACUGGAAAGGAGUUAGAUGUGAUCACUAUCCCUAGUAAAGAUGUCGUCAUGGUCCACGAGCCGAAGCAGAAAGUGGACCUCACCCGAUACCUAGAGAAUCAAACCUUUCGCUUUGAUUAUGCCUUUGAUGACAGUGCAGCAAAUGAAAUGGUUUACAGGUUUACAGCAAGGCCUUUGGUGGAAACCAUCUUUGAGAGAGGAAUGGCUACAUGCUUUGCGUACGGCCAAACUGGAAGUGGAAAAACGCAUACCAUGGGUGGAGACUUUUCAGGAAAGAACCAGGAUUGUUCAAAAGGAAUCUAUGCCUUAGCUGCUCGUGAUGUUUUUCUUAUGCUGAAGAAACCCAACUACAAGAAGUUGGAUCUUCAAGUCUACGCAACCUUCUUUGAAAUUUACAGUGGAAAGGUGUUUGACUUGCUGAACCGUAAAGCAAAGCUGCGUGUCCUGGAGGACGGGAAACAGCAAGUGCAGGUGGUCGGGCUGCAGGAGAGAGAGGUCAGAUGCACUGAAGAUGUCCUCAAGCUCAUUGAGGUUGGAAACAGCUGCAGAACGUCAGGACAGACUUCUGCCAAUGCUCACUCGUCUCGUAGCCAUGCUGUCUUCCAGAUUAUUCUGCGCAGGAAGGGGAAGAUGCACGGCAAGUUUUCACUGAUUGAUUUGGCUGGGAAUGAGCGUGGUGCUGAUACGUCCAGUGCUGACCGGCAGACACGGCUGGAGGGAGCAGAGAUCAACAAGAGCCUGCUUGCGCUGAAGGAGUGUAUUAGAGCCUUGGGUCGGAACAAACCGCACACUCCAUUCAGAGCCAGCAAACUUACACAAGUACUCAGAGACUCGUUCAUCGGAGAGAAUUCAAGGACGUGCAUGAUUGCCACCAUCUCUCCGGGAAUGGCUUCCUGUGAAAACACUCUGAACACUCUACGAUAUGCCAACAGAGUAAAGGAGUUUGGGAUUAGUCCCUCAGACAUCCCGUUUUCUCAGGGAGGAAGUCGCUCUGGGCUCUCUCCCACUUGCGAGUAUGAGCACAAGCUUAUUUAUCCAGCUUCCCCACACAGAGUGAAGGAGCUGACCGUGGACCCGAACACCAUAGCUGAAGGAGUCCGACCCAACAUCAACGCCAUCAACCAGUUGGACAUCAUGGAGGAGGAGUGGGAGCUAAGCAACUCCCCUCAGAGAGAUGACCUCAAGCUACUCUGUGAACAGAAUGAAGAGGAAGUGUCUCCUCAGCUCUUCACCUUCCAUGAGGUGGUGUCCCAGCUGGUGGAGAUGGAGGAGCAGGUACUGGAGGACCACCGUGCAGUAUUUCAGGAGUCAAUUCGGUGGCUGGAGAAUGAGAAGGUUCUGCUUGAGAUGACUGAGGAGGUGGAUUAUGAUGUAGAUUCCUACUCCUCGCAGCUCGAGCAGAUACUCGACCAGAAGAUUGAUGUCCUGAUUGAGCUCAGAGAUAAAGUGAGGUCAUUCCGCUCAGCCCUGCAGGAGGAGGAACAAGCCAGUAAGCAGAUCAAUCCCAAGAGGCCUCGGGCUCUGUAGACUGGGACUAAGGUCACAGGCACAAGCAUGACUGCUGGACACUAAAUUACAGCAGUUUCAGCAAAUACCAAAUAACCGUAAUGUGUGUCUGUGCUAGACGACCUGCUAAUGUCCAGCAGAGUUGCUCAGAAAUUGAAUGUCUCUUUCUUUGGCUCACAUGUGAAAUAUUCAGAACAUUAGAUCAUUGCAUUGAUGUACUGCACUGCUUUAAGUGGACUGCUGAUCUUCAAGCAAUGUCUGUCAGAAGCUGCAAUCGUGUCCAUCUACUAACGAAACAUCUCACGCAAAAUUACACUGAAUAACGUUUUGAAGAUCAGCAUGUGCCUUAAGACAGCUGUACAAGCACAGCCAUUCAUGUAAGCAAGUGGAGUUUUCUUAGAAAAAAACGGAGUGAAACUCUGCAGUAGACUUGGGGAAAUAGAUUUCUGUUCUUUGUAUUUAUUUACUUUUUUAAGUUUAGGUAAACGGCUGUUAAAUAAAUGGUCCAUUUUUAGGGUCUUUACCACCUCCUUUAUUUGAAGCUAAACUGAAUGCAUGUGCUUUUCGUAACCUGUUCCCCAUUCUCCGUUACAGCAUGGCAGACCAGGCCCAUCUGCACUUUAUGUAACCCUGUUUCUCUAGGGGUCUAAUGUUGGACCUUGCUCAAGUUGUAUUAAUCCAUCGUCUCCUUUUGGAGGGUUAGUUAUGUCCUUUAGUGUUUUUUCUGUCACAAUGUUCUACUUAAACUUUCUAAACUAACGAUCUCAAGGAGGUUGCUGCUGCUCUUGUCUGUGAGUAGAGCUGUAUUUGGUCAAUAUUAAUGAAUGUUGUUCUUUCUUGGUUCUAUUAGGAUGUUGUCCUCUUACACAUUUUUUACUCUGUGCUGUGGCUCUUUUUGACCAGCUGCUUCAUUGUUCAAAGAAUUGUGCAUCAACACUAUCUUGGCUGCUGUCUGGAAAAUACGUUGUUCAAAACACUCCUCCAUUUACCUACUUUCAGAAAAAAAAAAAUGCCAUAAACAGGCAUGGAACAGAUCCUGUCAUUACAGCUUAUCUUUUUACUGUUAGCACCAAACUCUAGUGAUUUUAAAUAUAGAUUUGAUUGAUUUGGACAGGACCAUUAUGACAUUUGUAGAGUUUGCAGUGUAACAGCUGGUGCCUUUCUUGUCUUUGUCGAGCCUCAGGCGAGUGGAAUAGUGCAGGGACAGACAGACCACCCAACCUCACUUGAGCCAGGCACUAGGGGGAGGACUUUAGAACCAGGUAGUCAGAGAGACAAAAAAAAAAGGAAAAAAAAAAAAGAUAUAUAGCUAUACUAUUAAUAAAGUGACUUGUGUAUGUUGUAUUUUGAGAGAAGUAAGCAAAGAUGACAGCAACAUUAGCCAGUAUUUUACAUUGCGCCCAUGGUACACACCACGCAGUGGUGUCAGUACUUAAUUUUAUGGUACUGAUGAAAUCCCUUGUACAACGUGCAUGAUAUUCCUAUAAAGCAUUAUCAAUAGGACAAACGUAUACAUGUGGUUUUUCUAACCCUGAACACCCCCUCUUUUAAAAAAAAAAUUUAAAUUGAAUCAGCCAUAAACCAUGGGAAGGAACCAGAAUGUUAGUCCUAGUGCAAUGUGCUAAAAGAAAAUGCAUGCCAGAGGUGCAAAGAUUCCAUGUACUAGCUUUACUCUUUUAUGGAGAUAACAGAAGAGAAGUGUAAUAACCUCACUGUCUCCUUCAAUUUGGGAAAUAAACAAAUUGUGUCUGUCGUCAGA